AUGGUCAUCUACUCCGAACAUUCCAACAGGGUUUUGGUGAGUAAGCUAGGUGAGUUUGUGUGUGCAGAGGAUGAUGCUGGAGAGACUGUUUUGCAUUUGGCUAUUAUUCGAUACUUGGCUAAAGACACCAAGAUCGACAAGAAAUCAAAGAAUUCGAAAUGGGAAACUCCAAUAAAAAUCCUGAAGCAACGCAUCUCCUAUUCCGGAUCCGACCACGAAACGGACGAAAUCAAACAGUUGCUCCGGAGUGGAUCCGGCCACUCCUCUCAAACCCCACGGUUCGAGUGGCUGACGAAGAAGCGCGACUCCAUCAUGGUGGUGGCGAUCCUGUGCGCCACCAUGGCGUUCCAGGCCGUUGUCAGCCCCGGCAAAGUGUGGCAGGAGGACACUCCUGCCCACAGGGCCGGGGAGGCCGUGAUGGCCUACAAAGACCCUCGCAGUUACCGCAACUUCAUACGCUCCAACACGGUGGCAUUUGUGACGUCACUCAGCGUCAUACUGCUGCUCAUCAUUGGCUUACCCUUCAAGUACAAAUUCUUCAUGUGGGUCUCCGUCACCACCGUCGGAGUCACCUAUGGAAUUUCAAUCAUGGUAGCAGCUCCUCAUGCCCAGAAGGAAUCCCUCAGAAUCCAGCUUGCGAUCGCUGCCUGGGUCGGUCUUAAUGAAAAAGACCCAAAUGCAUAG